UUCUGUGUUUUGAGUAGAAAUUAGGUCAAUCAACUUCAUCAGGUUGCUGGUUUCCUGCAUUUCUGCCCUUGGAUAGGGCUUCUUUCCAAAUCAUGUCGUUUAAGAACGCCAAAUCGCCUCCUAGAGGUCACACAAAUAUCGUAGAAGUCAAAAGCAAGCUUGAUGCAGAAUUCCGUCGAUUCGCUGUAGACAAAGAGAAAGAUACUUCAUUUGAAGCCUUCCAAACAAAAUUAGAAAAAUUGCACAAACUAGAAGACAUUCCAUUCCUGAUAUGCUACACUGAUCCGGUCCACCAGGAUUUGUUACCUGUCAACAAUGAUGUAAACUUUAGCAAGGCACUUUCUACUUCCAAACCUUUACUGAGGAUAUUAUUGCAAAGAAAAGGCGAGAGCUACUUUGAAGUGAACGGAUAUGGCGCUCAAAUCGUCAGAAAACGUAACCCAGUCAUCAGUCGAAUCAUCGGCGAAGAGGUCAAAAUGCGCCCGCAAAUACGUAUCAGUAUGCCAGAAGACUUUCGUCGAGUGUCCGCCAUUAUUGAUGUGGAUAUUGUCCCCGAGUCGUGUCGGCGGGUAAAACUUAUGAAAAAUGGAACAGAUAAGCCGCUAGGGUUUUAUAUCCGUGAUGGUACGAGUUUGCGUGCCACGGCGCACGGGGUCGAAAAAGUUCCCGGGAUUUUCAUAUCAAGAUUGGUACCUGGUGGUUUAGCCGAGAGCACAGGAUUGAUUGCGGUUAAUGAUGAGGUCCUCGAAGUGAACGGUAUUGAUGUUGUGGGUAAAACCCUUGAUCAGGCGACCGAUAUGAUGGUGGCUAACAGUAGCAACUUGAUCAUUACUGUCAAACCUGUAAAUCAGCGUAACACGCUGGCUGGGCCACACCGAGGUGGUCAUCGCGGGUCUGCUAUGUCGACCUUAUCAGCGAGUUCAUCGCAGUCGAAAACAUCGGUGGAUUCCGACGAUGUUGUGGAUUAUAUGAAUAAGGAGGACGAGGAAGACGAAGACGAAAUUGAGGAUCAUCAAAGGACGGAAUCAGAAACGUCACCGUCCGAGUCGCGGAAGGACGAUUCUAAAACAGACACUGAGCCCGAUGUGAAAAGUGAGACGUCAGAUACGAAACCCGAAUCAAAUCAAGACAGUUUAAAAUCUGAAAAUAUAACCAAGAUUGAUUCUGAAACUGACAAGAAAAAAGAACCGGUGGCGACUUUGUAAACAGUUUCACCCUAACCUGAGCCUGUUGUCGUCUGUCAUGUCUGCAGUAUCGUGUGGUUUGAGUUAGGGUGGAGAGAAUGUUGAUAUUUUUCUAACUUGUAAGGAUGCAACUGGUCAGUGGGCUAAAAUGAACCAAAUCUGCCCGAUAUGGGACUUGGCAUACUCGUUGGACUUGGAAGACUCGUCCAUAUGCAAUUGCAAGGAUCUGGUUAACGGUAGCCCGAUGAAAGCAAGGAUAACUUUAUUUGUCCUCCCACGACUCAGGAUCAAUAUGUUUGAUCAAGUCGCCAGAUGUUGCGAGUGUGAUUUUAUACAUAUCAUUUUUAUUUGACAUGAAUUCAGUGGUUGUGUCGAUUGAAACUGAAGAUUAAUAUUUGAACACUUCAGCAUGCCAGCGUGAGUGUGACAUUGAAUAUUUUUGUAUUAAUGCAGUCAUAAAUGGGAUUGGAUUGGAAGAGGUUUUUGUUUAUGUGGGUGACCAAAUGGAUAAUAUGAUAAAUUUUUCAAACAAAUUACAUGUACAAUGCCAAGAUUCUUGUAAAGGUUUAAAAAUGCAUGUCACACGAUCAUAAAAACAGUUUGUAUUUAACGUAUAACUCUUAUUACUUUCAGUAUGCAUAUGGUAUCAAACUUAUAUGACAAGCUUGCUACUUGGACAAAUUUCUGAUGGUUUCUAACAUGAUAUUGAUAAUGAUAUGGAAGUAAUUGAAAAUUUUAACUUAUCACGGUCAUCAAAUUUUACAGUGAGGGCAGCUUACUACUGUCCAGGAUGUAUUCAUGUAAAGAGGCUGUGUGUUUUAGCCUGGUAACUGCAGCUAGUAAGAAGAUGCGAACGCCUUGCCUCUGAUACUAUGAAUUUCUGGCCAUCUUUCAAAACACAUUCCUUUUUUUUUUGACAAACUUGAUUCGAUAAUAGCAUAAUAAUAUUGAUAUUUUCAAGAAUUCAUGAAGACUUAGUCCUUAUGAAUUCUUGAUAUUAUUUUUUGGUUGGGAUUUGAUUUAGGGUUCUUAUUUUAAAUUGUAGUAUGGUUAUCAUAACUUGUUACAUUUUGUAAAUUUAGUUAGAAGUACAUGUACAUGUAAUGUGAAAAUCAUAGUGAUAAUUGUAGAUAAAUGGCAGAGUAAUUUGAGUGCUGGAUUUGGAGACUGAGUUGCCCAGUAUUCAAGGUUGAGGGAAUGUGGAAUGCACAUCAGGUGUAUAAUUUGUAUAACAAGCUCAAAUGGUUUGAAAAUGGACUUCAUCUUUCUUUGAGAAGUUGCUGUGCCAUAACCCAAAUCUAUGCAAUAUCCGACAACAUCUCUGAUCGAGUUAUUCACUUUUUAACAUAGGUCUGUCUAAAGAAUUAGGGGAGGGGUGGGACUGUCUUUUGAACACUUUCAUUCUUAGUGUAGCUGACUCAGUAAAAUUUUUAAUAGGAUUGAAUUUCUUUUAACCGAUGGGUAAAAAAAUGACAAAAGUUGCCUCCCUCGUGUGCAGCAAUUUUGCACCAAUCAUGCCCUGUACAUGUAUGAUGUGUUAUGUGUACAUGUAUGAGUAAGGGAAGAUGGUACAAUUAUAGGCUGGGUGUACAGUAAUGUGUCCUACCAGCUGUGCUCUACACUGUAGGGACUAUAUAAUUGCACCACUUUACCUUACAGUGUGAUUUACAUGAUGAAGUUCUGCGGUUGGAUUAAAACAAAUUUAUGAAAAUUAUGCAUAGAGGCUGGGAACAUAUUCCUGUGAACUUUUUGGACAUUUUGUGAUGUUUUACAUUGAAAUUGAUGUGCUUUUACAACUACGGAUCACACCAGGAGUUUACGGUUACAAGCUGUCGACUCUUUUUGGGAUUCACUUUUACUUAUUAAGAAGAAAUCCUCGGCUUUAUCUAUUAUAUCUAUAAUCUUUAUGUAUUUGUGCUACUUUAGCUUAUAUGUGCAACCACUCAUUGAGUGUACAUUUAGAAGGACACUGUUGGAGCAACACUGUGUUGCUUCAACAGUGAGUUGGUUCAACAUCGUAACCAGAUUGUUCUAGAUUUGUUUUUAGGCCUGGUUUUAGAUGUGACAAGGCAAGAGUAUGCAACCAUACCCCAAAUGCUGGUAUAUGUGAUCCCCAAAUCAUGAGGUGAACCUUAUUUCCUUGCAUGUGUAUGUGCAGUGUAUUCUCAAUGAGUGGUGCAUCUAGCACCUCUAUCUAAAAGCUACUUCACACUUUUUGUGGGAACAAUGUUCUCAAUGUCUUUCGCCAUUUUCUAUGUCUUUUCACAAUAUUCCAAAGUUUGACUUGACAAAUGUAAAUAAUUCCAACGGAAUCUGUGUUUUGGUUGUGUUUAUUUAUGAAGGAGGGGUAAGAUAAGUCUGAGAUGAGGUCUAGGAAGUUUUUAUAUAACACAUAUCAUUAUGCUGCAUCUAACAACAGUGGUUUGUAGACCUGGCUGUCUCUUUCAAGCAGAUUAAUUUACUUACCAGACAUGAGACAGCUUGGUGGGCAACUAUGUUUUACCAGACCAACUACAUGUACAAUGUACCAUGUUUGCAGUAUCUACCAGUCUAGCUACAUGAACCAAGGCCACGAGUUCCUUGCCACCAGAUGCCAGGAAAAACCAAUGUUAGCAACUAAACAAUGAAAUCAUGUAACCUUCUUAUCUGCCUAUUAGAUUUUGCCUACCUGUUAGUCUGAUCUGUUGAUAUACAAGGUAGAUGAGGAAAGAUCUGAGCCAGUGGUUCCUGGUAAAACAUGGUUGAAUAUCUAGACCUCCUCCCCGAUUUGGUCAUCGUCCACACCAACCACUCCACAGAUUCCUGUCAUAUUAUAAGGGCUUCAAUGCAUUGUCACUUUACACAGCGACUUGUUACGAUUUUUAUCAUAUUUUACUAUCAGUAUAUAGAUGUAGCCACUUUCCACAUCUUGGGCUUGCAUCCUUGUUGUAUAUUGUGUAUAUAUGCUAAUAAAGAAAUCAAUACAUGAAAACUA